CUUGCCCCAAAUGGGGGACAUUCUCCUCUGUGUGAGGCUCUUUCCGUUCCUGAAGGUGGGCUGAGCAAAGGAGCGUGACGCAAGAGUGGGCUGUGCGCUUGAUGCCUCCAGCGCCUCUGCCGCCUUGUGAAGGAUCCCAUUAGCAGCGCAAAUUCGAAGCGGCGGCCGGGGCAGCAGCGGCUGCUACGGCGGAGGCUCUGCGCGCCUCAGUCCUGCCUCCCUAGCGGGAGCCCGAAGCUCACGGCUUAGCCUCAACCGCACCCAGGCUUCGUCUGUCUUUUCAAGCUCUUCAUGUUACCCAGCUAAAAGAAGAAAAUGGGCACCGGGGAUUUUAUCUGCAUUUCCAUGACCGGAGGGGCGCCCUGGGGGUUCAGACUGCAAGGUGGCAAGGAGCAGCAGCAGCCCUUACAAGUUGCUAAGAUCCGAAGCCAGAGCAAAGCCUCCGGGUCUGGGCUCUGUGAGGGGGAUGAAGUGGUUUCUAUCAAUGGCAGUCCUUGUGCAGACCUCACCCACCCAGAAGUCGUCAAGCUCAUGGAGAGCAUAACAGACUCUCUCCAAAUGCUCGUCAAAAGACCAUCCAGUGGAAUAAGUGAGACUUUGAACUCUGAAACUGAAAACAAAAACCACGAGCGUCUCAUCCAUGAAGGGUACGUGGAAAGUACCACCCUACAGAUUCGACCAGCCACAAAGAGCCAGUACAGGGAGUUCUACAUUGCCCAGGUCAAGAGUGGAGCUCCCCUAGCUGAGGACCAAGCAAGUGGUGCUGGUUUUUCUGGGAGCAUAAAAGAAGAAACAGGCCUGGCUCCUCACACGUAUGACUCUAAAAGUGGACGCUUACCAGAAGAGGUUAUCUUAAGGGAGAAGGCAGAAGCGGGGCAGCCAGGCACCGUGGUUGAGCUACAACUGUCCCUUUCACAAGAGAGACACAAGCGCACUAGUGCCCCUGUAGUGGCUCUCCUGGGAACUGAAAAAUCUAAGCCUCCUGACCAAGAUCCUAAUUUACAGCAUGAUGGGAUCGUCCACAUAAAUUCUGUCCCCACUAAUGAGAAAGGGGAGUCUUGUCUGAGGUCCAGCAAGAUAAUCCAGAUCUCCAGUGGCCAAGAGUUGAGAGUGAUCCAGGGAAGUGAAGCAGGAGACACCGGGCUGCCCCGAGUGGAAGUGAUCUUCGACUGCUCUGAUAGGCAGAAGACGGAAGGGAGCAGGCUUCAGGCAGGAAAGGGGUGUGUGGAUUCUCCAGUGGAAGGAGGGCAGUCAGAAGCACCUCCUUCUCUGGUAUCCUUUGCAGUCUCAUCAGAAGGCACAGAGCAGGGAGAAGAUCCACGCUCAGAAAGGGAUCACAGCAGACCUCACAAGCACAGAGCACGCCACGCACGGCUCAGGAGGAGUGAAAGCCAAUCAGAAAAGCAGGUGAAAGAAGCAAAAUCUAAAUGCAAAAGCAUUGCGCUCCUUCUGACAGAUGCCCCCAACCCCAACUCCAAGGGGGUGUUGAUGUUUAAGAAGCGCCGUCGGAGGGCCAGGAAAUACACCCUAGUCAGUUACGGGACUGGUGAACUUGAUCGAGAGGCAGAGGAGGAGGAGGAAGAAGGCGACAAAGAGGAUACAUGUGAAGUAGCAUUUCUGGGUGCAAGCGAAUCCGAGGUGGAGGAAGAGUUGUUGUCUGACACUGACGACAACACACAAGUUGUGAACUUUGACUGGGAUUCUGGACUAGUGGACAUUGAAAAGAAACUGAGCAGAGGGGACAAGAUGGAGAUGUUGCCAGACACCACAGGCAAGGGGGCCCUCAUGUUUGCUAAGAGGAGGGAGAGAAUGGAUCAGAUCACAGCCCAAAAAGAGGAGGAGAGGGUGAGUGGAAUGCCAAGCAGAGAACCAGAUGCUGCCCAGAUGGAUGGCCUGAGAACCAUGAUAUCUUACCAUAGGAAGGAAGAAGAAUCGGUGAGAGUGCAGAGAUCUGCGAGCAAAAGCUACAUCGAGGUGAGCCGUGGCCUUGGCCAUGUGCCCCAACAGAAUGGCUUCACUGGCUUGUCCGAGACAGCAGAGGCUCAGAGGAUGAUCCCUAUGAAUAGAACGGCCAAACCCUUCCCGGGGUCCGUGAACCAGCCAGCAACCCCCUUCUCUCCAACGCGAAACAUGACCAGUCCCAUUGCUGACUUUCCUGCGCCUCCACCUUAUUCUGCAGUCACACCCCCACCUGAAACCUUUUCCAGAGCAGUGUCAAGUCCGACAGCUGGCCCAGCACAGCUCCCUCCGUGGCCCCAGCCUGGCCCAUGGUCCCAGCCAGCCUUUUACGAUUCAUCUGAACAAAUAGCUUCCCGGGAUGAAAGGAUCGCGGUGCCAGCAAAAAGAACAGGAAUAUUGCAGGAGGCCAAAAGGAGAAGCACGACAAAACCCAUGUUCACUUUUAAAGAGCCCAAAGUAAGCCCAAAUCCUGAACUCUUGUCACUUCUUCAAAAUUCGGAAGGCAAAAAGGGCACUGGGGCAGGAGGAGAUUCCGGACCAGAAGAAGACUACCUCAGUUUAGGAGCAGAGGCUUGUAAUUUCAUGCAAAGCCCCACUGCAAAACAAAAGACCCCACCUCCUGUCGCUCCAAAGCCUUCUGUCAAGUCCUCAUCCUCCCAACCAGUAACUCCAGUUUCUCCAGUCUGGUCGCCAGGAGUGGCUCCAGCCCAACCUCCUGCCUUCCCCACAUCCAACCCAUCACAUGGCACCGUUGUUUCCUCCAUCAAAAUAGCGCAGCCUUCUUACCCUACUGCCCGGCCUGCUAGUGCUCUGAGCCUGGCUGGUCCCUUCAAAGGACCACAAGCAUCGGUAGCCAGUCUGAACUACACUCCCAAACCAUCAGCUCCCACACCAAUGGUAAACACUGCUCAUACUGGCGCAAUGGGACCAUCCAAUGAGCUUCCAGGAAUGAGUGGGAAAGGAGCCCAGCUCUUUGCUAAAAGGCAGUCGAGGAUGAAAAAGUACGUGGUAGAUUCAGACACCGUGCAGGCCCAUGCUGCCCGUGCUCAGUCUCCCACUCCAUCUCUCCCGGCCGGCUGGAAGUACUCCUCCAAUGUCCGAGCACCUCCUCCUGUGGCCUACAAUCCCAUCCACUCCCCCUCCUACCCACUGGCUGCUGUCAAGUCCCAGCCAUCAGCCCCACAGGCCUCCAAAACAAGCAAGAAAAAGGGCAAGAAACCCCUUAAUGCUUUGGAUGUCAUGAAGCACCAACCUUAUCAGUUAAAUGCAUCCUUGUUUACUUUCCAACCUCCAGAUGCAAAGGAUGGCCUCCCUGCAAAGUCAUCAGUCAAGGUCAGUUCACUGCCAGCCAUGAAGCAAGCUAUUCCUCCUCGGCCAGUGAAUGCUGGCUCGCCCACUAAUGUGCAGGCCUCGUCUGUGUACUCAGUGCCAGCCUAUAGCUCUCAGCCUUCCUUCUUUGCUGAGGCCACCUCACCAGUAAGCGCCUCCCCAGUGCCCGUGGCCAUUCCCACCUCUCCAAAGCAAGAAUCAGCCUCGACAUCUUACUUUGUGGCACCAAGGCCGAAGUUCUCAGCAAAGAAAAGUGGUGUCACAGUUCAGAGUGGACGCUCUCUUUCUCUUCCUGGAAGACCAGUCCCACCCACCAUCUCUACAACAUCUCCUUGGGUAUACCAGCCUGCUUAUAGCUACUCUAGCAAACCAACUGAUGGGCUAGAGGAAGCAAACAAGAGACUAACUCCUGGGGAAGCAGCAGCCAAGUCUUCUUUUGGUUUACUGGAUGAUGCCUUCAGACCCAGAAACAUUCAGGAAUCCAUUAUGGCAAAUGUGGUCUCAGCAGCUCGGAGGAAGGUGCUUCCAGGGCCGUCUGAGGAUUGGAAUGAAAGACUGUCCUAUGUCCCUCAAACCCAGAAGGCCAAUAUGGGCUCAUUUGGAAGGCAAGAGUAUAAUGUUGCAUUCCUACCCAAUAAUAGUAUGCCCACCAACUCCCAACAUGAUUCACAGGUACCAUAUGCAUAUUAUAGGCAGCCUUCCAGAAAUGAUUCUGAAAUAAUGUCCAUGGAGACCAGGUCUGAUUACUGUGUUUCAGUAACCAAUUGCAACUAUAACCCACACCCUAGGGGAUGGAGACGCCAAACAUGAAAGUUAGAAGAACUGAUCAUGUGCCACUUAUAAUUUUUUUUUAAUGUUUCUUUGCAGUGGUUUUGACUUUUCCAACAGAUUUAGAUUCACUUUUGAUCUUGGCUUGUUCUCAUAGGUCAUUUAUCUGAGUUUGUGUGUGUGUGUGUGUGUGUGUGUGUGUGUAUAUGCACAUGUGAGUGUGAAUCACUUCCUUCUCUGCAGAUGCAUAGAGAAUUUCUUCGAAGAAAAAUUCAUUUUCUGUGCUGAUGGCACUUAUACGUAAUUCAUAAUCUUAAUUCCAUUCUUUUCAUUAAUAUGGAGUAGUCUAGGCAACUAAACUCUCUCAAUUAAAAUGAAAUUUAAGUAUUUUCUUGUAUGUGCCUUAGUCUAGGAUGGAAUUAAUGAAAUAUGGUAUGCUAAUUGUCAUUAGCAGUAACAGCAAGAAUAUAUAACAUUGGAGAAUUUUUCAAUGGGGAUAUGACAAUGAAUAAUAAUUACAUAAAAAGGAUUUCCUUGGUGGUAUUUUAAGCAUUUCUCUGAAAUAUAUUUUAAAAUCUGAUAAAAUUUGGUUUUUGGAAUUGAAAUAUAGAUGUUCUCAGAAAGAAAUAAAUAUUUGAGAGUAAGACAAUUAUACAUUUCAGAUGGAUUUUUGAGAUAAAUGGCGUAAUAUGUGGGGAAUAGAAAGAUUUAGGUACAGGAUUUACUUUUUUUUUUUUUUUUUUUUUUUGCGGUACGCAGGCCUCUCAGCGGCCACGGCUCACGGGCCCGGCCGCUCCGCGGCAUGUGGGAUCCUCCCGGACCGGGG